GCCUCGCCACCGCCGCGGCUCGGGCUGGAGGCGCCGCUGUCAUUCCUGCGCCGGAGGAGCCGGCGCUUGCCGGUGCCUGGGGGUCGGGGCGCAGGGAUACCCGGGCCGCUGGGGUGACCCAACAGGUAGAGCCCGGGCCACGGCCGGCCACGCGCCCCCCGCGUGCAUCAUGCAGCUCUUUGUCACCUCUCUCGCCCCCAGGCCAAAAUCCUGAGCAUGAUGGAAGACAAUAAGCAGCUCGCGCUCCGCAUCGAUGGGGCGGUCCAGUCGGCCAGCCAGGAGGUGACCAACCUGCGAGCCGAACUCACGGCCACCAACCGGAGACUGGCGGAAUUGAGCGGUGGAGGCGGCGGCCCCGGCUCGGGCCCGGGAGCUGCGACCAGCGCCUCGGCAGCAGCGGUGACGGUGGCUGACUCGGCAGUGGCGACCAUGGAGAACCAUCAGCACGGAGCUCAAGUGCUCCUACGGGAGGAAGUGGCCCAGCUUCAGGAGGAAGUACACCUUCUCCGGCAGAUGAAGGAAAUGCUGGCGAAGGACCUGGAGGAGUCGCAGGGCGGCAAGUGCUCGGAGGUCCUCUCAGCCACCGAGCUCCGGGUGCAGCUGGUACAGAAGGAGCAGGAACUGGCCAGAGCCAAAGAAGCCUUACAAGCCAUGAAAGCUGACCGGAAGCGCUUAAAGGGCGAGAAGACGGACCUGGUGAGCCAGAUGCAGCAGCUGUACGCCACGCUGGAGAGCCGCGAGGAGCAGUUGCGAGACUUCAUCCGCAACUACGAGCAGCACCGCAAGGAAAGUGAGGACGCUGUCAAAGCACUGGCCAAGGAGAAGGACCUGCUGGAGCGAGAGAAAUGGGAGCUUCGACGGCAGGCCAAGGAGGCCACGGACCACGCUGCGGCCCUGCGCUCCCAGCUGGACCUCAAGGACAACCGCAUGAAGGAGCUGGAGGCCGAGCUAGCCAUGGCCAAGCAGUCCUUAGCCACACUGACCAAGGACGUUCCCAAGAGACAUUCACUCGCCAUGCCUGGCGAGACGGUGCUCAACGGUAACCAGGAAUGGGUGGUGCAGGCUGACCUCCCACUGACGGCUGCCAUCAGGCAGAGCCAACAGACUCUCUACCACUCCCACCCUCCCCACCCUGCAGACCGGCAAGCGGUCAGGGUGAGCCCCUGCCACUCAAGACAGCCCUCCGUCAUCUCUGAUGCUUCUGCCGCCGAAGGCGACCGGUCAUCUACACCGAGCGACAUCAACUCCCCGAGACACCGGACACACUCCCUCUGCAACGGCGACAGUCCCGGCCCAGUUCAGAAGAGCCUGCACAACCCUAUUGUACAGUCACUAGAGGAUCUUGAAGACCAAAAACGGAAAAAGAAGAAGGAGAAGAUGGGAUUCGGCUCCAUCUCUCGAGUCUUCGCCAGAGGGAAGCAACGGAAGUCCCUCGACCCGGGCCUCUUUGAUGACUCCGACAGCCAGUGCAGCCCCACUCGCCACAGCCUCAGCCUCUCUGAGGGAGAGGAGCAGAUGGACCGUCUUCAGCACGUGGAGCUAGUGAGGACCACGCCCAUGUCCCACUGGAAGGCUGGCACGGUGCAGGCCUGGCUGGAGGUGGUGAUGGCCAUGCCCAUGUACGUCAAGGCCUGUGCAGAAAACAUCAAGAGUGGGAAGGUGCUUCUCAGCCUGAGUGACGAGGACCUGGAGUUGGGCCUGGGCGUGGGCAGCUCCUUGCACAGACGUAAGCUCCGCUUGGCCAUUGAGGACUACCGAGACGCCGAGGCGGGCCGCAGCCUGUCCAAAGCCGCCGACCUGGACCAUCACUGGGUGGCCAAGGCCUGGCUGAACGACAUUGGCCUGUCCCAGUAUUCCCAGGCCUUCCAGAACCACCUGGUCGAUGGGAGGAUGCUGAACUCGCUGAUGAAGCGCGACCUGGAGAAGCACCUGAACGUGUCCAAGAAGUUCCAUCAAGUCAGCAUCCUGCUGGGCAUCGAACUUCUGUACCAAGUAAACUUCAGCAGGGAGGCCCUCCAGGAGCGCCGAGCCCGCUGUGAAACACAGAACACAGACCCUGUGGUCUGGACCAACCAGCGGGUGCUCAAGUGGGUGCGCGAUAUUGACCUGAAGGAGUACGCAGACAACCUGACCAACAGUGGUGUCCACGGCGCUGUGCUGGUCCUGGAGCCCACGUUUAAUGCCGAGGCCAUGGCCACUGCCCUAGGCAUCCCCAGUGGGAAGCACAUCCUCAGGAGACAUCUGGCAGAGGAGAUGAGCACCAUCUUCCAUCCGUCCAACUCCACAGGCAUCCGGGAGUCUGAGCGCUUUGGGACACCACCUGGCAGGGCCUCGAGCAUCACCAGAGCUGGGAAAGAGGACGGCGGCAGUGGCGGUGGCAAUAGCAAGUACAGAACUGGCCGGCUGCCCCUGGGGAAGAUAGGAAGGGGUUUCAGCACCAAAGAGCCUGACUUCCAUGAUGACUAUGGCUCUCUGGAGAACGAGGACUGUGGGGACGAUGAUGACCUUCAAGGCAGGCCCGAACAGUGCCGGCUGGAGGGAUACAGCAGCUUGGAGGUCACCAACGUGUGAGAAACCAGGGGACUCAACUCCAGAAGAGCGGACGAGCAGCCCCGUGCCCCAGAGACGCCCAUCCCCCACUGUGCAGUGUGACCCGGAGCUGAGGCCAGACGGGGUGUCGGAACCGAGUUCCCAGAGAUGGUCACAAUUUCCAGUGGGCACCAAGGACAGAGAAUGCCCACCUAGGUGUCUUGUGUCUCUGAGGACCCAGCUGCGACCCAGCAGGUGGCCCUGGGGCUGCUGUUCUAAAUCCAAACCGGGUCCUGCUGCUACUUCACACUGGUCAGGGAGGGUCAGUCUUUAGGCCCGGAAUGCCCUGCUAGGAGGAACAAGGAAGCCCCCAGCCAGUCUUGGCAGAGCCAGGGCCACUGAGAACCAGUUGCAAAGCCAACCAGGUUGGUGACAGCCAGGUUGGUGAAUGCUGACCGUCAGCCCACUGGGCAGAGAAUCUGAACUCUGACCUCCUCACUCACUUUGGAAGGAUGCAAAAUGGCCUGGGCAAUCCUCCCACUCUAAGGGCAGCACAUCGUGAGGUGGACGUGUUGGGAGGAAGAGGAGGGGAAUCUUCUGGGCAGAGGGGCCUGAUGGCGGCGCAGCCCUAAAGGCUACAGACAUCCGGUCACCAGAACGAAUGUGAUUUCAUGAGUGGGAGGGGGAUAGUUACUCAGCUCUGUCUCAAACAGCUAUUCCAAGUGUGGGCAUAGCAUGGGAGACUGCCUGUCAUUAGCCUGACGAACCUCUGUUGUGAUGUCCCUGUCAGCUGAGACAAGGCCAGCUCACCCAUGAGCUAACAGAGGUGCAAAUCCCACAGAAUAAGGGCACCCGGGUUGUCAGAGUAGGGCCUUUCUAGCAGCUGCCUUGAUCUGCCAGUGUUUUGCUGUAUGGCUUCCCACCUGUGGCCUCACCUCUCUGUGCCUCAGAGUCUUGCCUGUAACACUUUCGGUUCCUCCCAAGGGAGCUGUGAGGAUUAACAUUCACUAACAUUUGUCUCAAGCUUUGAACCUCUCAGGAAACAGCCGGAAGGGAUGGGGCGGUGGAGGGGGAAGGGCAGGAAGGAACCUAACUUCCAUCCACAACAUUUGCAGACACCAGGCGAUUGGACGAAACCUAGGCAAGAGGGGCGUGCCGAAGGUUUAAUAUUGAGUUUCCGAAAGCCACCAGCAAGGUCUGGGAGAGUCACCAGUACAGCUUGUGGGCCUACUGGGUGCAGGGUCCAAGCUGACUGAGCAGAGACUGCCUGUGGUGAUAGGGAGGCUUGCGGGGUGGGGUAGGGUAGCUGUGCUCAGUACCAGAUUCCCACAGCUGACAGCAUUCUGUGGGGGUGGGAGUGGGGCACCGCCUCUGAGCCACCAAAGCCAGUCUUCUGCAGUGGUACUGAGCAUCCCUUGGUGGGAAAACCGAAUGCAGCCUGUGAACCUGAAAGUUGCUGAUCCCCACGUUACAGACACGGGCCCCACGGGCACAAUCGUCUCCCUCAUAACCUGAGUCCAGGGGCCUCGGGGACUGGGAGGAGGAACCUUUCUGUCUGAGUGUCAGCCUCCGAAGGACACAGGGCAGACACCAGGACUCGCAGGGUCAACCUCUGGGGUAUAACCCAGCCUGGCUCAGGCUCUACACCCCUGAGUGUUUAUAACAUGCAUUCCCGCUCCUGGAAUCCUGAGGCUAUUGAGCCCUUAGCCAAGCAAGGGGAGGGAGAGGUUCACUUCUAACUGAAACCAGCUGGCCCUUUCAAACCAAGUCCCUAAAGGGUGACACAGCUUCUGGAGCCAGGACUAUACUGACAGCCUUCCCAGAGAUGUUGCUGGCUAGGUGGGCUUCUUGCAAGGGCAAAAUCUAGGUAGGGAGAGACUCCACACUUUCAUCCCACAGGCUGGGAGGCCCACCGCGUCCGAAGGCUCCUUCCCAAUGGACUCCAGGCGUCAGUCCUGGGCACCUCUGUCAGUCUCAAUCCAUACUCAGUGGUCAUUUUUAGCAGGUUCUCUGUCUUGACUCCUCACUGCGGGAUGCAGGGAUUGUCAGGGGACUAGAUUCAGAAGCAGAGAGAGGGGCUCUUUCCUAAGCCUGGCCUGCAUGGGGCCCUUGGAACAGGGAACCCUGCCAAAGACUGAGGCCAUGAA